AUCCGGGAUGACGCUGGCUUCACGAUGUUCUGGAGGCUGGGACGUCGCUGUCGGCUCUUGUGGUCAAUUGUGAUUGUAACAGUUAUUCUAACAGGCCUGUGGUUUAUGAUUCUCUCUUCUGCUGGUGGCGGGUCUGGCAAAAUUACCGUUGCCGUUGUAGAAGAACACCAUGAAGUUCUACGGUAUUGGUAUGAAGCGGUAAACAAAGGGUUAUUGGCAGAGCAAGGAAACGUUCUGAUUCACGUAGACGGUCACAGUGACAACGCACCGCCGGAGUUGAUCGAGGAUUUCCCGUUCUUCCAUCGACCAAGAAAUUCUAAGGAGCUAGCGGCAAUGCUGCAAAGAAAUGACGCUUUUAUAUUGGGUGCCAUAUCGACCGGUUUGUUCAGUAGCUGGGUGUGGAUAUGGCCCUCCUGGGACAAGAACAACGAGCAGGAACACCCGAAUUCUACCCUAGGGUACGAGGUCUCCGAGACCGACGUCGGCUGGUUCUGGUUGAAGUCUGCUACCACUAGGGAGCUGGAAAAGAAGUUCUGCAUGUGCGAGGUGGAAAACGGACAGAGAUACUGCAUGUAUGCGGACUACGAUCAUUUUGAGAGUUCCAGGCAAAAGCAAGAAACGACGAGGGACGCAAAGUCACAGUCUGACGAUAUAUUUAUUCCAAUACCUGCUUCGCAUUGUCAAAUAAAAAAUUCUGUCACAUUUUAUCAAGUAAGGGACGACGUUGCUGUACGCAUGAUGAAAGACGGUUCCUUGGUGAAACCCGGAUCGCGGCUUGUUUUGGAUAUUGACGAAGACUACUAUGGCUGCGAGAGCGGAGCAGAAGUUCUGUUGAAUUCCGGAAUAAAAUGGGAUUUGGUGCAAAGAAUUGACGAUCUUGUGUCAGAAAUGAUCUGUCCAUUAAGCGUUUAUCACGAACAAGAAGCAGACGGUCUUUUGACGCAGCUGAUUGAUAUCGUUGUAGAGCAAUGCAACAGAGCUACCUCUAAUACUGGCAAUAGCUGCGGAGACACAGUCCCACAGAUUGUGGAUGGAGUCGUACCGAAAUUAAUGAAGAUAGUACAAAACGAACCUUACACUAAAGAGCCAAUAUCAGAAAUGUUCUGUUCAGAGCAAUUUAAGCACAAUGGCAUCAAAUAUACCGCCAAAAAGCUUGUUAAACAUUUGGCGAAAUUGACUGCAGCUCAGCUACAGACACUGAGAAGUGUCGGCUUUUGCCUGAUUACUUCGCCUAAUUCUAUAAUAUUCGACCAAGGGGGUAACAUACUUAAAAUCUGUCAUGGGGCAAAUACCCCCUUUGACUCUGUGGUUUCAUUCCAUACGCCAAACUUGCCAGAGAUUGACGAAAGGACGCGACAACUUCGAGAAAUUUUACACCAAGACACUUACGGCGCUCCUAAAAUCGUCACGGUGUGUCGUUCAAUGAGGGACGGAUAUACGCCGAAAAAGUAUUGGAAACGCAUUGAGAAAGAUGUAUUAAACGUGGUGCUCACUUCUCAAACAACUAGUUUUGAAGUGGUUUAUGAUGAGAAUUUGUUAGGUGGAAGGUCUGGUUGGCCUUAUGGCCGAAAACACUAGUUUAUUCUUGCCAUGUUAAAGACUAUUAAAGAAAUGGAGCCCAGUCCAGAGGGAGCUAAUAGAACCCAGUUAGAGGAAGUAGAGCCCUCGGAACUGUGCACUGUUCACUUAACAAGAUAGGCUCCCUAUAUCGCAAGAAUAGGGAACUGUUGAUUUUGUACUGUUUGUUCUUUUGUUAAACAUUGACGAAAAUCCACCCACUGACUAUUCUAGUCAUUUCAUUAAUGUAAUG